AUGCUUAACUCUGCCUGCAAACAUUUCCCAAGGAUCCCGAAAGAUGUGAUCACAUUGCGGACCAAUCAACUCGAUGCUUGUGAUGGCCACUAUGUGGACAUCGUGGCCGAAACAUGGGACGAUGUCGUUGACUUACUUAGCGUCAUCGAGGUGACUCGGCGUGGGGAAGUGACAUCACCCGUCCCACUGCCGCUUGAUGCUUCAAGUUGUGCUAUUUCGUUGCCUGACAAUCAAUCGGCGCCAAGUCAGGUUAACGAACAGGACAGUUCGAACGAUGACAAGGUCACAAUCAAAGUUGUUCUUCCAUCUGGCGAGAUUCAGACUGCUAAAAUAUCGAGGGAAAUGCGGGUGAACAAACUCGUUGCUGAUGCUAGGCAGACAUUAAGUUUCACCCCUGUUGAGGCAGUUUUGGGUGGGGUAAUAAUGGAUGCGAACCGGAGUAUCGAUUCGUACAACAUCAAGGACGGUGACUCGAUCAAUCUUCAAUUUUUUGUGUGUUCAAGUCCGCGUGUUAAAAAGCCAGUCAUUUAUCUAUUCUCGCCCUCCGAUAUCGAUGUUUCUGUCAAGCUCUCCCUUAUUCCUGAGUGGAGCCUCUCUGUCAUCUAUCCCGUUGUUACCACAGAAGACUAUGGGCAGCGUCUAGAAUGGAAUGUCCGCACCCAUCAAGAUGGGAGUCUGACUGAACGUAAUUCUGAUUUAGAUGUGUCGUACUGUUCUGGGAGGCGGAGUAAGUCCCCUGAUGAUACAGGAAUCACUCUCCUAACUUGUAUUACUCUUCGCAGGACAAAUGUGCAAGCAUUUCCCCGGUCACCGGCAUCCAAACCGCAACCAGCGGAUACAUUCAAUCCAAUAUCCAGCAGCCUCGAUGAUAUGGAUUCAAUCGUCAUUUCAGUGGACAAAGCAACAGUUUACCUCGAUAAAUCACUCAAGGUUUUGGGACUUCACACCGAAGCUAGAACAUCAUUCAUAACCUACUGGUUACCAUCUUUCCUUAAGCACGAAUAUAUUGCCCUCCGAUUCGUCCCUCAAGCGGCAUACGAACGCGCCGCUUCUUUAUGCAUUUCUCCGCAGCCUGACGUCGUGACUCGCAUAUGCAUGCUAUUCAAAGGUAUUUGUAAGGAGCACUUAGCAAAUUGGGCCAAUGCACAAAUGCAAGCAGAGAAAGACGUUGCUUGGUGGGUGGAUGUAGUUGGAGUUGAUCCUACAAGAGCUGGUGAUGUGACUUUGUUCAGGGUGUUGGAAUGGGGCGGGAUGGAGGUUCUCAUUUGA